AUGGAUCUCCUUGACGGUUCAUUCGACCCGAAUUUGGUCAAAUGGGUCAAGACUACCGAAACGGCCCUCGCCGAGGCCCAAAAGAACAAGGGCCAGCUUGUGACCGACCAUCCUGACAAGGAUACCGUCAACAAAACCUUCAUGAUCCGAGCACUCGGCAAGGCCAUGAUCACGCCCGGCUUAUCCCCCUCUGGCGGAUUUAUCCGAAUGGUUUGUGGAGGUGACUACCCUUUUCCAAACUCCAAGCUUGUUGAAGACCAAAUGGAGGUUCUCCCCAUCACCACUGUUGAAGCCCCUUAUCCACCUUGUACCAUCCCUGAGAAGGAUCUCAAGCCGAUCAGCAUCUCCGAGAUGCGUCUUGAAACUCAUCAUUGGGGAUCAAAGGUUUUCCUCCACAAGUUGUCGACUAUCGACCGUCAUGAGGCUAUCAUGUUCAUCGUUGAGGAUCAAGCGGGUACAGCUGUCUUGCUCAAGCUGUAUCACCAGCCCUUGGAGAAGGAAAUCUCCUGCAACUGGACCAUGUUGGACUAUCACGUGUGCAUCGUCAAGAACCCUUUCUUUCAGCGGGUUAAUGACACCAUCUCCCCGAAUUUCUCUCAGAUUCCCCAGCUUUACUACUCGCUGAGAGUCGACCACCCGGGCGACAUCAUUCCCGUGCGCCAUGGCGAUGGGCGAAUCCCGGAGGCAUGGAAAGUUGACCCAUGCCGAGACGACAAGACCAGUCAUGGCCACCGCGAUCACGGCAACAAGGCCUUUCGCAACAAGAAUUGGGCAGAAGCUCAUCACUCGUACUCUGAAGCCCUCGAUGUCGCCGAGACUCCCCAAGACAAGCAGCUGGCCCACCUCAACCGCUCCCUCACCAACCUCAAGCUUGGUCGACCCGCCCAAGCACUGCUAGAUGCCACCCGGGCUUAUGACCCCGAGGCGCCUACGGAGAAGGCUUUGUUCCGUCAUGCCACCGCCCUCUACAAACUGAAGCGGUUCGAAGAUUGCGAAGCCAUGCUCAUCGACCUCCUGGACAAGUCUCCUGACAGCAAGGCGGCCGAGACAACUCUUCUUUCUGUCAAGACACGACUGACAGAGCAGCACACGGGUAAAUACAACUUCAAGAAGAUGUAUGAGACUGCCAAGGCAGCCAAGGGAGCUCCCUUGAUUGAUUGCGCCACCUACUCGAAGCCUGUUGAGAUUCGGGAGUCGCCUGGUCGCGGUCGCGGUCUGUUCACCACCAAGGCUGUCAAGGCGGGCGACUUACUCCUCGUUGAGAAGGCCUUUGAGUACUCAUUCAUCGACGAGACCCGAGUCAUGGAAAAAUGCACCCACAUGGUCAACUUCAACACCAAGCGCCUGACGUCUGGUGCAUCGGCGAAUCUCUGGCCCAAGGUUGUUCAGAAGUUGUACCAUGAUCCAGAAGCUCUCUCUGCCUUUACCCAGCUACACCAUGGGAAGUAUAAACCGGUAACAGCUACCGAGGCGGAUGGACGUCCUGUUGUUGAUUCUUUCCUUGUCGAGAAGAUCCUUUCUCUCAAUUCCUUCGGUGCCCCACGAUCCACUCGCGACUUCUGUGGCAACAACGUCUGGGGCGGCAACCCAGCCCCCGAAGUCUGCGCCUCCACCCGUGAGAGGCCUCUCUUCACCUCCGUCGGUGUCUGGCUUCUCGUCGCUCGCAUCAACCACUCUUGUGUUGGCAACUGCCGCCGCUCAUUCAUCGGCGACAUGGCCAUCAUCCGCGCGGCGCGAGACAUACCGGCCGACACCGAGUUGACGUUCCCUUACCGCCCAUCUACUGACUCGGAGUCAUACCAGGAUGUUCAGAAGGGCUUGGCCAAAUGGGGAUUCAAAUGUGAUUGUGAACUGUGCAAGGACCGACUCAAGACCACCGAGGCUGUUCGCGUUCAGCGUAAAGAGCUCAGCGAAGAAUUCCACAAGCAGCUGCCUUCCGAUCAGGAAUUCGACCUUGACAAGGCCACUAAGCUUCUGCGUGUUGUCGAGAAGACCUACUCUGGCAAACCCGCCAAGCAGAUCCGCUGGUGCAUCGCCCAACUUUAUGCCUACGUCGGAAUUCGCUGUCGUCAGGAUGAAGAUUUUGUCGGGGCUGCUGAAAUGCUCAUCAAGGCUCUUGAGACCAUGGGCUUUGUCAUUCUUGCAACUCCGCCGGAUGACGGUAGUGCACAGGCUCGUUUUGAAGUCAAGCAGUGGGGAAUGAUGGAACAUCACAUCCCGUGGCUCUUCUUCCAGUUGAUUGAGUGCUACGAAGAGAUCAACCCGUACUUGGUGCCUGUCGCUGAGCAUUAUGCUCAGGUAGCGUACUCGAUCAUUGUUGGUGAGGGGGAUUCGAUGUGGGAUAUCAUGCCGGCUACUGGCAACAAGGCGGAGCGAACCUGA